UCUGUUAGCUUGACGAGAUCUUUAUUGUCAACCACAUUGAUCCCAAGCAUUAGCACGUCUAUUUUGCCUUACAAUACAACCGUCAUCGCCACACCAAACACAACAAGAAUUGCAACUUCGGUGAUUUUGUUGUCUUCGUUAAAUGACACAAUAAGGACUAGAUCAACAAGUGUGGUUUUCGAAACAACGAUGAAACGAACGCAAAUUACUACAGGCUACCCUCCAUUGAUGACCUCGUCGGCAGUCGCUUCAUCUAUAAGUGCAACCAGUGUGGUCGUUGACUCGACUACCCCAAAUACAACUACACUCGUACCAAGCAUCAGUGCCUCUAUCCCAUCGAGCAUCACAAUGAACAGUUCAAUAGAGCAAUCCAUUGACACCUUGAAGCCCUCCUCAAUAGCUUUCGCAACAACACCUUUAUUUCAAACUUCAAUAAUACCAGUGACUACUCAGUCAUAUGAGAAAACAGUAUCUGUUAUAAAAAGUACAACCUUCGAAAUCUUAUCAAGCUUAUCCUCUUUUACGAGUGCGCAUGUACCAACUACGUUGUUUGAGGUAAUCCUGACGCCUUCUUUGACUAGCUUUUUUGAAUCAACAAUACCGUAUUCUACUUUGACCCUAUCAACCAUCAGUGAUACAAAUUUACCGAACAUCACAACAGUUAACCGAACCACUGUGCCAACGAACAGUACCUUGGUAGAAAUAUUACCAAGCAUGCCAACCAUGAACCUCACAAGCGUUCCGAUACUGAACACCUCAUCUAUUGUUGCCAACUUGAGCGCAACCCCUAUCAGUUUCGCGUCGGUGUCAGGCUCUAUAAACAUUACUUGGUCAAUGUCAAGCAUCAGUGCAUCACCUAAUCGUACGUUGAACGGAACAAGCAUUGUAAAUAACACUAUGUACAUGAAUGCAACGAGUGUACAGUCAGAGACAAUGAUCACAAGUGCGGCGAAUAUAACGAUCAUCCCAACAAAACCAUUAUACACAACUGCAAAUAUUUCAAGCACCAGUCCAUUCUUUGCACCAAACGACACUAUGUACAUGAAUGCAACGAGUGUACAAUCAGAGACAAUGAUCACAAGUGCGUCGAAUAUAACGAUCAUCUCAACAACACCAUUAUACACAACUGCAAAUAUUUCAAGCACCAGUCCAUCCUUUGCACCAAACGAUACACUAAUCCAAACCCUGAACAGCAGCUGGACACCAGCAACAACAAAGAUCACAUCCUAUAUCACAGGUUACCCCUCCGUGAUGACAUCGCCGGCAGCCGCAAACUCUACAAGUUCAACAAUGAGAAGCUCUGUUACAUUUACUACCCUUUUCCUACUCUAUAAUUCCUCCAUUAUCACAACAACUUCGACAAUCGAAGCAAACGAAUCGUACCCGUCAGUUGACAUCGCGUCCAUACUACCAACACCUCCAUUGUUAUCAUCAUCAUUGGGUGUCAAGGCGACCACGAGUGUGACCAGCCCUGCAAGUUCUAAAUUUAUCGACUUAGCGGUUACCGAGACAUAUAUUCCUUCCCUGGAGACGGUCGUUAUAACUCUAUCGCAGUCUUCAAUCAACCCGACAGGCGUUUCAACAGCUCGAAGAGUACCCACUUCAAGUUUAGCAUCGUCUCUGUCUGAAUUGUGGACAACAACGACGGCAUUGAUGCAGUCUACACAAGUGACUUCAAAAACAAGUGGCAUACAUCCUUCGCUAUCAACAAAUCAAAAGACGCCUUCAACGAUUGCUACCGAAACAAGUAAAAUUCUGACAAUCCAGCCUUCACUGUCAUCAACGCCAAGGCCUUCAUCCUAUUACGUGACCACCGUUAUGUCUAUACCAAGUUAUUCAACAGUAAAGUCUUUAUCCCUUGUCGUAACUUCUCCAGCAUCAUCAAUACCACAUGCAACAUCAUCAAUCGCACCAACGUCUGGGCCUACAACAGCGCCAUACGCGCAAGAGUUUAAAGGAGAACUGACGAUACUCAACGAGAUUUACGUGUCAUCGCUAAGUGACCGAGAAAGCAGAGAGUACAUUAAUCUUUCCAAUAACAUCAAGCGAGUGUUUACUAAAAUCUACAAGCGCGAUGUUCCUGGAUUCUCGCACAUGGAGAUUCGAGGUUUUCAGGAGGCAGUUAACGGUCAGUUACUGUGCGAGGUGACGGUCUAUGCUCGUUUCGAAGCCCAAGUGACGGGGUCACAACUUGAGGACGUCACAUACGCAGCCACUCGGUCAGGGCGCUCCAAGCCUUAUGAACUCUCCAAGGUCAAGUUCACUGACCAGACAGAGCCAGACAGAAAAAUAUUUGACGGGACGGCAACCGUGGAGAACAGGGUCUACGAGGAAGAGCUAGCGGAUCCGGAAAGCGUAGUAUUCAGGAAACAGGCCAUGGAGAUUGAAGCUGUGUUCAACGAUGUUUUUAUAGCAAUUGAAGGGUUUCUUUUCUGUAGAAUUUCGUCAUUCCGUCAAGGAAGUGUUAUAGUUGAAUUCAAGGCGUACACUACGCGCACGUCGCCUGCGACGGAAAAGGACUUUGUCCUUUAUUUGAGGAAUGCGAACAAUGAGACGCUUCGAGGGCUUGUGAUCAGGAAGGAUUCCGUGGUGGUGACCAAGGCGUCAAGCAAACCCACUGAGGGUGGCUGGGAUUGGUGGCUUAUCGUGGUGUGCGCGGCGUGUGGAUUUUUCAUCGUGAUCAUCACAGUUCUGGUGGUCUACUGUGUGCGCCGCCAUCGCAAACGUACAACUCUGGAAUGGGAUCCAACGUACGAUAACAGGAGUUAUGACAUCUGGGCAGAGGACCCAGGGUUGGAAAUGUCCGGCUUCAGGACGACAGGAACACUAAGGCGGGGCGCGCCAGCGGUAGAAAUCAACCCACAUGUAUCAUCCGAGGUCAUAGAGCAGAUCGAUGAGGAAGUUUAGUAUUUGCUGGUAGCGUUGCUCGGAUUAAUUACAAACAAGAUGCCACAGAAGACGAGAAAAACGGCAGAGGAAACGCAAUACGCUUUAUUAACAAAUAUGACAAAAUAUAUGUCUUAAUAGAUCUCUCAAUAAAUAUCUUACAUGUCUUAUUUCUUACAAACUAUAAUCGGAAAUUACUUUCAUUAAAAAAGGUUAGGUUAGUUAGGAAGGUAUUUUAUCUACAUCAUCAUCAUCAUGACCAUCAUUUAACCAUCAAAAUCAUCUCAAAAUCACAAAAAAAAACAUCACAUAAAAACUUUGAAAAUUGAAGAAGCCUUUUUUAUUUCUGUUCGAAUUUGAAGCAUUUAUAUACAUUAGUGGUAGAUAAUAUUUUUGUGGCACUUCACAUGGCUGUUGUGCCUUAUUAUCGCAAAUGCAAGAUGAAAAGUAUUUACAAAUUGAAACAAAAAUGCAAUGCCAAUUGUUUGAAAUGGCAUGAGAAUUACAAUAAACAAGGGAAAAUUUGUUUACAUUAUGAAAUAAUGCUUUGUAAUAACAUAUACUCCAGAAUUCCGUUAAUGUAUGUAUGUGUAACUAGAAAGAUUUUAUAGCAGAGCAUUUUGCAGCAUUUAUUAAGACAAGAUAUCACAAGGUUCACAAGAUAUAAAUAGAUACAUAGAUAUAAUUAAGAUAUUUCUAGAAAUACAUUAUGAUGUACCUUGGAAUGGAAUAAGAGUAAAAAAAAGAAGAUAUAAAAAUCUUUUUCAUUAAAA